AUGAAAUCCGUAUGGAGGGAGUACAGAGCACCCAAUGGUAAAAAGUACUACCAUAACACUACAACGGGUGAGACUACUUGGGAUUCUCCCUACACAAGGAAGCCACAACGUGAAUUAUCUAUAAAGCCUCAAUACGUUAUCCCACUGCUGAACGCUUGGAACCUGGUAAUAUGCAACAACGGCGCGAAAUUCUACUUGAACCCAGAUGGUGAUCCAGUGUUGACAUUAGACGACGCUGACAGCAGUGAAUUGCUCUCGUUGGUUGAUAGAGAAAAGUUGAUUUUGCUUAUUGGUGUCGCUAGAGGUUACCACUGUACGAGCGGGGAUAAAGUGUACAACAGUGUCUUGGAAGAGAUUUCGUUUUUGAAAGACGAUCUGGCAAACGACAAGGCUCCACUUGCUGAGGAAAGGGAACUUCAGGAAGAACCACUAGAGACAAAUGUACAGUCAGAACCUGUCCCAUCGGCGUUAGUAUCUGGCUAUGGUUCCUCGAGUGAUGGAUCAGACGAUGAGGAGGAGGUCCCUCCGGAUACUGACGCCAAUCGCAUAUCCUAUUUCAACCUUUUCAGUGAGUACGGUUUGGAUAAGUACUCUGUGUGGUCAAUUGAGUCCCUCAAGAUAUCUAACGACCCACGGUUCCACAUAAUAUCUGACGACCGACAAAGAGAGGAGAUCUUCGAGGAAUGGUGUUGUUCGGGGGUAGUGGACGACAGUGAAGAUGAGGGUUACAGCAGCGGUGAUGACGAUUUGUCCCCGACAAAGUAUCACUACUUGUCACAGAUCGUCGCCAAAUCCACUGUCACACCGACAACGAUCUUCCAAGACAUCAAGCAAGAGAAGGCCUCUCUGUUCAAGCAGUACGGAAUCAAGCAGUUUCUAUCGAAGCGAGAACAAGAACAAUUCGUGUCCCAGCUACUCUUCUACUACAAGAAAUUCACUUUGGAGGAAAGAGUACAACUGUUCACCAAAUUCAUCGCAGAGUCCCGCACUGGAACUGUACCUUCCCCCACUUCACCAGCAGACAGCGCAACACCGGAGGACAUCGAGACCAACCUCCUACAGAUGGAGUCCCACCUCCCCCCGACCGUCCUCGACAACACAGUGUACUACACCUUGGACAUCAAGACGAAGCAAUCGGUGCUGCACCGCAUGCUGCCGCACGGCUGA